AUGUCGCCCUGUGAUGGCUUUGAUGUCUCGGGCAACCUGCACGGUCAACAUUCGGCUUGCCCACAUGGCGAGGGUACCUGCCUGGAGGACGAGGAACUGCUCCUCGGCAUGUGCUACAAGAAGUGCUCGAUACUAACAGACGGCAGAUUUAACCACCGCGUGGCAGCGACAACUUGCUGUUCGGAGACCGGCUUGGCCUGUUUCAAUCCAAUGAACCUCAAGACAGACUUUGUGGGCUUUGCCGUGGGCGGCGGCAAGGGGGAUGGCAGCCAAGCAACUCCCUCGGUGCCGCACCUCCCCAUGAAGGAGCUGACAGAGAAGGGUUGGAAGGCGCCAAAGCAAGAGGCGGCCCCCACAUCCGAAACUUACAUCUUGAAGCCUGUACAUUGCUCGAGGCCUUCCCCCGAAUCCGCCCAGACAGGUUUCUCGGCCAUGGCGCUGCGGGCGCUGCCGGCCCUCCUAUGUUUGGCGGUGCUGGCGCAGGUUUGUCAAUGGAUUCUUCCUGCCUUCGUCACGGGCGCGCCAGCACCGGCAGAAAGAACUCCGAGCGUGGCAAUGCGCAGCCGCAGAUUCCGCAAGCGGGAUAUCGAGGCAUUCAUGACACCGUCAAAGCGACUUGACUUCAAGAGGAUGGAGUGCGACAGCGAGGAGUUUGUCUCUGAGGCCAUUGUGGGCGACCCGAGGGGCUUUGCGCACGCUUCCGAGCGACUUCGCAGUGACCGUGACUUUGUCAAGAAGAUGGUGAGGGUGAACCCAAGAGUGGUUGAUUUCAUGGACGAAGACCUUUUCGCCGACGAGGAGUUCAUCGAGGAGCUAAAGUGGGAACUGCAAUCAGCUGGCUUUGGCGGGCCCCA